CGCGUUUCGACCUUGCUUAAGGGUCCUCAUCAGGCAUGUUUAGAAUUUCUUAAUUACAUGCAAGUCUUAACUCACUUAAAAUAAAUUAAGGUAGUUAAGGCUUAAACGUAAUUAGAUAAAGACCUCAAUUAUAUGAUUAAAUUUAUAAAGAAAGAAUUGAGUGUAUUGGUGUGGAGUGUCGGUGUGUGGGUGUGGGUCUGUCAAGCUACCAUGAUCGAUUUCGACCUUGCUCAAGGGUCUUAUCAAAUGGCUUAAACCAAUCUGGAUUCGAAUAAAACCGAAGUAGUCCACAAAAUUUCAUUGUUAUUUCGAAAAGUAAUAGAAAUUUCGUUCGACAGUAGUGUGUCAAGCAACCAUGGUGUCGGUAGCUAUAAACGUUUCUUUUUCACAAUUUUGUUUCACACUACUAUCCAUUGUAGUAUUUUUUUUAGUUUAGGAGCCUUGAGUUUUCGAUAUAUAUUUGCAUUUGAUAUUCUUCACUGCUUUUCUUUUAAAGAUACUGACAUCUAAAGAGAGAAAUUCUAGAGACUUAAAUCAAUUAUUAUGUUUUAGUGUCCUUAUCAAUUAUUUAUCUACUUAUAAUUAACUCAACUAAAACAAAUAUAUACGGAAAUUAAAUAAAACAAAAGCAUGAAAAAAAUUAUCAUGAAAAAAGUCAGAUGAACCUUUAAAUAUAUAUCAUUGCUUUGGGAAUAAUGAAGUUGAUAUGCUUAUAUUCCAAAACAUAAAAAGUAAUAGAAACAAUAGUAUAGUAAUAUUUCUCAUACAUUUAAAAAUAUAUUACUUUCAGAUUAAGAGAAGAUGGAUCCAACUAGUUUCUGUCUAAAUUAUAUAAAUAUAUAUAUACAAAUUCUUUUAUUUUAAUAACCUUGAAAGCAAAAUAAACAUCAUUCGAAUAGUAAAAUGCAAUCGUAUAAAUAAUAAAAGACACAACAACUGAUUGAAUACGAUAAAAAAAUGCAAACAAACAACAAAUAACCUUAUUCAAUACCUUAUCUGACAAUUCAUUUAGAGAAUAUUUUGUUUCUUGCUCUCUUCUCCACUAAAAUCACCUGAAACUCAUAAUAUCUCUAAAGAGUCGUUGAUCCUGCUCUACCAGAUGGUACAGCCACUACGCACAACUAUCUUAUUCUACAUGCAAUCAAUAAAAUAAAAUAAAUAAAGUCGAUGAACUCUCACAUUCAGGGAACCCCAUGGACAGAAGAGAAUAAUCAUUUGAACGCCUCAAGGACUUCUAUUUCCUCUGGGUAAUGUCAUCCAUAGGGUACGCCAAUAUUGUUGAAUAUCAACGCCGUGAUUAAAAGAACUAAAAAAAAAAAUAAACGUUAGAGUCUAAGACCAUCUUUAUUGAAACGAUAUUCUACUUUUUGAGAUAAUUUUUAUUUUAAUUAAUAUGAUGUGGAAAGAGAUUUCCAAAAUGAAAUUUAUUUGUUGACGAAGCGAAAAACAAGAGACAAAACAAUCUUAGAAAGAAACCAACUGAUCUGUAUUAAUAUUGAAGAUGUUAUCAUCGAAAAAUAAGUACCAAAAUAAACAGAAAAAUAAAUUAUAAAAAGAAGCAUGAAAGACUAUACCAUUACUUACUUAUAUUAAUCCUUCAAAAUGAACCGGAGACGCCAGAAAAAAAAGCAGAGUCUUUAAACACCUGUUCAAGAGAAAAAUGAACAACAGAAAAUUAUUGUCUUAUGAAAUAAAAAAUUCUAUGAUAACAAACUUUCUUUACUUAUUUCACUAGGCUCUCGAAGUCAUGUGCAUGACACUGCAAAAAAAAACCAACAUUCCAAAUAAGACAACACAAUUAUGUAAGCGAAGCCGAACAUUCCAUCAAAUAAACAGGGCUUUGUUUCAAUAAAGCGAAUAGAUAUUCCAUAAGUAAAAACCGAUAAAAAAUAAGGGUAGCGGUGUGGCUGGGUGUGGGUGUGGGUGUGGGUGUGGGUGUGGGUGUGGGUGUGGGUAUGGGGUGUGAGUGUGGGUGUCUGUGAGUGAAGCGGAGAAGAACCUCCCACACCCACACCAACACCCAUACUUAUACCCACCCACACCCACAUCCACACUCACACUCACACCCACACCCAGCCUAUACUUAUUUAUUUUUUGGACAAUAUCGUGAACUAGUGAAAAAUUUCACGAAAAAGAGUGAAUUUUUUGGCAGGUAAACUUAGAGAAAACUUUUUCUGCCAUCAUAAUAACUUAUGUUUUAUUGAACUUUCUCUGAGAAUAGAUAUCGAGAACAAGCAAUCUUAAUAUGGCAUGGAUCCGAAUAUCAAUUUCAUACAUUGUUCCAUAAAAGUACUGUUAGGACAGCACAUAGUCGAAGUGCCACGACAAUAUCUAUUGGAUCGAUAGUAGGGGUGUGAAUUUAUUGUUAUUGUUAUUAAUAACAAUAACAAAAAAGUUAUUGUUAUUGAUAACAAUAACUUUUUUGUUAUUUGUUAUUAAUAACAAAAAAAUAACAAAUAACUUUUUUUUCUGAAAAACCUCUAACUAGGAGUGGGAAGUUACUUUUACGUUCCCAGCUAACGCCUAAGCCUUAGGUCCUCAACUCCUACUAUUGGGGGUACCCUUGGAUCCUCAAGUCUUACUAUUGGGAGGUACCCUUGGGCCCUCAAGUUCUACUAUUGGGGGGUACCUUUAGGUCCUCAAGUUCUAUUAUUGGAAGGUACCCUUGAGUCCUCAAAUCCUACUAUUGAGGAGUACCCUUAGGUCCUCAAAUCCUACUAUUAAAAGGAUACCCUUGGGUUCUCAACUCCGACUAUUAGGGGACACCCUUGAGUCCUCAACUCCUACUAUUGGGGAGUACCCUUGGGUCCUCAAGUCCUACUAUUGGAGGUACUCUUAGGUCCUCAAGUUCUACUAUUGGGAGUACCCUUGAAUCUUCAGGUGCUUUCACAAGGACAUCUUUGAGUUCUGUAGUUCUGUUGUUUUGGGCACUAGAUGUCCGACAUUGCCGUAACUGUUACUAGGUUGUUAGUGGCAGCGUAUUUAUUCGUUGACGAUUAACAGUAAGGCCGGUAUUUUUUUGUUACUUGAUAAAUAUAGCCCCCCCCCCCCGCCCACACACACACAAUAGAAGCUCAGGGGGGUGCCUGUGUUCGGCAAGCUAUAACUUGGUAACAAAGCUUGUCCUGAUGCCUAUUUUUUCGUUAUUUAGUAGAGAAAUGUUCAUUCUUUCGUUUUCCAUCGAUUUGAAUUCAUUUUUUAUAAAGUAAACCUCGAUUUUCAAUGAAGAAUUCUAACCCAAGGGGUGGGCUUCUAUUGUGUGUGGGAGGGGGGGAGGGUUUACUGCUUGUUUCAGUGCUAUUACCGUAACCGACGGGCUACGUGUGAGCCUGGCACGGCUAUAAUAGUGGAUAAUGCCAGGGUGGCCGGGGUGGGCAUCGGUAGUGAUAAGGAGCAACUCAUCGGAUUACAGGAAGAUCUCCACUGGCUAUCGUAUAAAGUUUCGCCAGUCUUUAAUCCUGUUGCAUUCUGCGUUCCCAAUUCUUUUUAAGCGCUAUGUUAUAGAAGAACUCGGAUUAGGGAAGGUGCUAUCCGAUGAAGUAGCCGCAACUUUUCCAGGACUUCCGGAUUAAGAGCAUUGUUAUUGGAUAGAUUUUCUUUGCACUAGCAACUGUGCAUGAGAACGCGUUGUCAGAUUAGUCUGUAGGUGGUUACGAGUAAGCACAGUUCUACAUCUUCAUUUUUCAUGGUUGGGACAGGUGUACUCAGAAACUAAUUGUCAGACAACACGGUUCUCUUAAUUACGAUUACAAUAACUUAUCUGAUCUGCUUCGGUCAUACAGCUGAUUGCUUAACGUGAGCCUGGCUAUCACUGCAGCAGCCGGAUGGUUCUGUGGGUAUUGAAGUAAAAAAGCUAGCAGCCACACCCACACCCACCGGCAACAUCUACAUCCACACCCACAUACCCACUGUCAUAUCUCCGUACCCACACCUACACUCGUUAUUCACCCUACUUCCUAUAUUGGGCGUUCAGGGUCUAACGCUACCUCUUUCUAGUAGUACUUGAGAACCCAAGGGUACCCUCAAUAGUAGGACUUCAGAACCAAAGGGCACUCCCAAUAGUUGGACAUGAGGAUCCAAGGGUCCCGCAACAGUAGGACUGGAGGACCUAAGGGUAUCUUUCAAUAGUAGGACUUCAGGACGGAACGAUGCCCCCAAUACGACGACUUGAGGAUCUAAGGGUACCCCACGAUAGUAGGUCUUCAGAACCUGAGAGUACCUCCAAUAGUAGGACUUCAGAACCUGAGAGUACCGCUCAAUAGUAGGACUUGAUGACCCAAGGAUACCGCCGAAUAAUAGGACUUGAGGAUCCAAGGGUACGCCCAAUUGUAGGACUUGAGGACCUGAGGAUACCCUUGAAUAAUAGGACUUGAGGACCUGAGGGUACCUGCCAAUAAUAGGACUUGGUGACCUUAGGGUACCUCCAAUAGUAAGACUUGAGGACCUAACGGUACCCCAGAAUAGUAGGACUUGAGGACCUAAGGGUACCCCCAAUAGUAGAACUUGAGGACCUAAAGGUACCCCCGAAUAAUAGGACUUGAGGACCUAAGGAUACCCCUCAAUAGUAGGACUUGAGGCCCCAGGGGCACCCCCAAUAGUAGGAGUUGAGGACCUAAGGCUUAGGGGCUAGCUGGGAACGUAAAAGUAACUUUCCACUCCUAGUUAGAGAUUUUUCAGAAAAAAAAAGUUAUUUGUUAUUUUUUUGUUAUUAAUAACAAAUAACAAAAAAAGUUAUUGUUAUUGUUAUUGUUAUUAAUAACAACCGAAUAACAAUAACUUCUCACCCCUAAUCGACAGUCCAUUUUCAUGAUUUGGAAAUUAGCUAUAUCAAGAAAGGUACUCUUGAAAGUAAAGUUUAUUACGAUCCAAAUAUUGUUGAUGCUUUACCAAAUGUAUCCAAUGAACUAAUGGAAAAUGCCACCAAACAAUUAUAUGCUGUUCUAUAUCAAGCCGUUCGAUGCUGUUUUGAUGUGGAAAAAUUCCAUAGUGAACUACUUUAUAUUCAGGUAUCAUUUGUAACAUUUGGUUUUACAUCAGAAUUUAUUCAUUCUGGUAUUCAACGUUUUUACCAACAAUUUAAUAUACUAGAAAAAUUCUGGGAUUUACGUUUGAAUAAUAAUGAAUAUUAUCAUUUACGUCGGUGUAGCAUAGAAGAUGUCGAACAACAAAUAAAAUUGAAGCAACAACGUGAGCAAGCAAAAGAACAUACAUUAUUCAUGCCAUGCCCACGUUUAAUGGAUGAAGAAAGUACCGAUGCUUUCAAACAAUGUUUUGAAUAUUGGUGGAAUAAAUAUUAUGCUAAUGAAUCACCAACAAACUCUAUUCAAAUCAAAUGGAUAGAACAAACACCAACUUGUUUGACAAAUAGUGAUAUUCUGAUCAACAGACGACCACCUCUUCGUCUUUUAACUUUGUCAAAACAUCAUCGAAACAAAAAAAGAUACCAUCCUAUGGAUCCAUUUUUAACCAAUAUUACUCGUCCAUACUACAAGGAUGAAUGA